AAUAAAGAAAAAAAAUAUGUAUUACUACAACCAAAAAUAUAUUUAAACAAUUAAGCAAAAGAAUCUUCAAUGAACAGUGAACAGAACAGAGUUACACACUUUUUUAAGGUGGAAGAAUGGAGAUAAGUUUGGGGAAACUUGCAUUUGACAUUGAUUUUCAUCCCUCAGAUAAUCUUGUUGCCGCCGGUCUAAUUACCGGCCACCUUCACCUAUACCGUUAUAGCCCUCAUACUGUCCCUGUGAGGCUGUUGGAAGUUCAUGCUCACACUGAGUCUUGCAGGGCUGCUCGAUUCAUCAACGGUGGACGUGCACUCUUAACGGGUUCUCCGGAUUGCUCAAUACUGGCUAUAGAUGUGGAAACUGGUUCUACAAUUGCCCGGGUUGAUAAUGCUCACGAAUCUGCGGUCAAUAGAUUGAUAAACCUGACUGAGUCAACUGUUGCCUCAGGAGAUGAUGAUGGUUGUAUAAAGGUAUGGGAUACCAGAGAACGCUCUUGUUGCAAUUCUUUUAAUGUCCAUGAAGAUUACAUUUCAGACAUUACUUUUGCAUCUGAUGCAAUGAAACUGUUGGCAACAAGUGGAGAUGGGACUCUGUCUGUUUGCAAUCUUCGAAGAAAUACAGUGCAAGCUCGAUCAGAAUUUUCGGAAGAUGAGUUGCUGUCUGUUGUUUUAAUGAAGAAUGGUAGGAAAGUUGUAUGCGGAUCACAAACUGGAAUCAUUCUAUUGUAUGCAUGGGGAUGCUUCAAGGAUUGUAGUGAUCGAUUUACUGAUCUUUCUUCGAACUCUAUUGAUGCAAUGUUGAAGCUUGAUGAAGAUAGGAUUAUUACUGGAUCAGAGAAUGGGAUUAUCAACCUGGUUGGGAUAUUACCUAACAGAGUCAUCCAGCCAAUAGCAGAACACUCAGAGUAUCCUGUUGAGUGUCUUGCAUUUUCUCAUGAUAGGAAGUUCCUUGGAAGCAUUGCUCAUGAUCAAAUGUUGAAGCUAUGGGACUUGGAUAAUAUACUGCCAGGUUCAAGAAACACACAAACAAAUGAAAGUGGAGUGAUUGAUAGUGACGAUGAUGAGAUGGAUGUUGAUGGGAACAAGAGAAAGAAUGGGCAUGCUGUAGGUGGUUCGAACAACUUCUUUGCAGAUUUAUAGGAUUGUUCACAAGUGUGAUGACCCUAUUAGUACAUUUGCGUGAUUUCCUUCCUAAUCAAUAUAUUCAGACAGACGCUGGAGCCACAUGAUGAACUACCUGAAGUCUCGUUAAAGCAGGAGAUGAUGGACUUGGGCCAAUGAUGCAACAAAAUACAGCUUGUGUUUUUUAAGAAAUUUAAAUGAAAAUUAUCAAGUUCAGGUCAAAUAUAUGCUUGAUAUUCAAUUUUGUUGUUACCCUUUCGAAAAAGUAAUUUACUAUAACAAUUCUUGAUCUUGAUCUCAAAUUGAUACCUUGGUGCGGCAUUACAAAGGCAAGUCUUCACCGCCUUUUUCUUUUCACACUAGAAAUGGAACAGUUGACUGCUGUUGCCGGGUC